CCGGCCGCCCACUCCGCUCCGGGGCACCCUGCCCAGCCCUGCCCUGCCCAGAAGGCCCAGGAGUCCUUUUCACCAUGACCAUUGUUUUGCUGAGUUUGGCCAUGUGGUUGCUCUGUCACGUGACCUGUGAGAAGCCGCUAGAAGGAACCGACUCCUCCUCCUCUGCUUGGCGCUUUACGCACUCCCUUUACAAUGCCACCAUCUAUGAGAACUCUGCCCCCAAGACCUACGUGGAGAGCACGGAGAAAAUGGGCAUGUACCUGCCAGAGCCCCGGUGGGCAGUGCGCUACCGGAUCAUCUCCGGGGAUGUGGUCAACGUCUUUAAGACAGAGGAAUAUGUGGUAGGGAACUUCUGCUUUCUAAGAAUAAGGACGAAAAGCAGCAACACAGCGCUGCUCAACAGGGAAGUUCAAGACAGCUACACCCUCAUCAUCCAGGCCACAGAGAAAGCCUCAGAGUUGGAAGCCCUGACCCGUGUCGUGGUCCGCAUCCUGGACCAGAACGACCUGAAGCCUCUCUUCUCCCCACCUUCGUACAGAGUCACCAUAUCUGAGGACGUGCCUCUGAAGAGCCCCAUCUGUAAACUGACAGCCACUGACGCUGACCUGGGCCAGAAUGCUGAGUUCUACUAUGCCUUUAACACAAGAUCCGAGAUCUUUGCCAUCCACCCUACCAGUGGCGUGGUGACGGUGACUGGGAAGCUCAAUGUCACCUGGCGAGGGAAGUAUGAGCUCCAGGUGCUGGCUGUGGACCGCAUGCGGAAAAUCUCCGAGGGCAACGGCUUUGGUAACUUGGCUGCUCUCACCGUCCACGUGGAGCCUGCCCCCAAGAAGCCCCCUGUCAUCACCUCGGUGGUGGUGACCCCGCCUGACAGCAAUAGGGGCACCACAUAUGCCACGGUGGUGGUGGAUGCCAGCAGCUCAGGGGCUGAAGUAGACUUGCUGGAGGUUGUUGGUGGUGACCCCGGAAAGCACUUCAAAGCCAUCAAGUCCUAUGCCCAGACCAAUGAGUUCAGGUUGGUGUCUGUCAAAGACAUCAACUGGCUGGAACAUCUCCACGGGUUCAACCUCAGCCUCCAGGCCAGGAGUGGGAACAAACCUUCACUCCGUUCCCAGAUCAGGGGCUUUCACCUGCCACCUUCCAAACUGGCUUCUCUUAAGUUUGAGAAGCCCAUUUACAGAGUGCAGCUGAGUGAGUUUUCCCCUCCUGGGAGUCGUGUGGUGCUGGUCAAAGUCACACCAGCUGUGCCCAACCUGCAGUAUGUUCUAAAGCCAUCCUCAGAGAGCACGGGGUUUAAGCUUCAUGCUCGCACCGGACUGGUCACCACCACAAAGCUCAUGGACUUCCGGGACCGGGCCCACUAUCAGCUUCACAUUAGAACCUCACCAGGCCUGGCGUCUGCCUUGGUAAUCAUCAACCUUGUGGACUGUAACAACCAUGCCCCUGUCUUUAACAGGUCCUCCUACGAUGGCACCUUGGAUGAGAACGUUCCUCCGGGCACCAGUGUUUUAACUGUCACUGCCACAGACUGGGAUGAUGGGGAGAAUGGCUUUGUCACCUACUCCAUUGCUGGCCCCAGAGCUGUGCCAUUUUCUAUUGACCCUUUCUUGGGGGUCAUAUCUACCUCCAAACCCAUGGACUAUGAGCUCAUGAAAAGAAUUUAUAUCUUUCGAGUACGGGCGUCCGAUGGGGGAGUGCCUUUUCGCCAGGAGAAGGAAGUAUCUGUUUCUCUUAGGCUCAAGAAUUUGAAUGACAACCGGCCAAUGUUUGAAGAAGUCAAUUGCAGUGUGUCUAUUCGCCAAGACUGGCCAGUAGGAAAGUCAGUGAUGACCUUCUCAGCCAUAGAUGUGGAUGAGCUUCAGAAUCUAAAAUAUGAGAUCCUGUCAGGCAACGAGCUGGGGUAUUUUGAUCUAAAUCAUUUCUCAGGAGUGAUAGCCCUCAAACGUCCUUUCACGAAUCUUGGUGCUGGUCAAUCCACCAGCUAUUCUCUGAAAAUCACUGCCUGGGAUGGCCAAAACUAUGCCUUGCCCACAACACUGAAUGUCACUGUGGUGAAAGACACUCGUUUUGAGGUUCCUGUCACAUGCACUAAAACAGGGGUGUUGACACAUUUCACCAAGACGGUCCUCCACUCAGUUGGGCUGCAGGACCAGGAGCCCAGCGAUGAGGAAUUCUCUGCUCUUACCACAUACCAGAUCAACCACCAUGCCCCCCGCUUUGCAGACCACUUCCCCCAGUCCAUUGACGUCCUCGAGAGUGUCCCCAUCAACACCUCGCUGGCCCGCCUGGCAGCCACGGACCCUGACACUGGCUUUAAUGGCAAACUGGUCUAUGUGAUUGCUGACGGCAAUGAGGAGGGCUGCUUUGACAUUGAGCUGGAGACAGGACUGCUUGCUGUGGCUGCUCCCCUGGAUUAUGAAACCACCAGUUUCUACCUCCUCAAUAUAACAGUGUAUGACCUCGGGACUCCCCAGAGGUCCUCCUGGAAGCUGCUAGCAGUGAAUGUGAAAGACUGGAAUGACCACGCCCCCAGAUUCCCUCCUGGUGGCUACCAGCUAACUGUCUCCGAGGACACAGAGGUGGGAACCACCAUUGCAGAGUUAAAAACAGAAGAUGAAGAUUCAGAAGACAAUGGCAGGGUUCGCUAUGCCUUGCUAAGCCCCACGGAGAAGUUCUCUCUUCACCCUCUCACUGGGGAACUUGUUGUCACAGGCCAUCUGGACCGUGAAGCAGAACCUCAGUAUGUACUCAAGGUAGAGGCCAGGGACCAGCCCAAGAAGGGCCACCAGCUCUUCUCUGUCACAGAUUUGAUCAUCACACUAGAAGAUACCAAUGAUAACUCUCCCCGGUGCAUCACAGAGCUCAACAGCUUGAAGGUGCCAGAGGACCUGCCCCCAGGGACGAUCUUGAAGUUUCUGGAUGCCUCUGAUCCUGACCUGGGCCCUGCAGGAGAAGUGCAAUAUGUCUUGUUGGAUGACAUCCACGGGACCUUCCGGUUGGACCUGGUGACCGGGGCGCUGAGUCUGGAGAAAGAGUUGGACUUUGAGAGGCGGGCUGGGUACAACCUCAGCCUGUGGGUCAGUGAUAGUGGGAGGCCACUGGCCCGCAGGACCCUCUGCCACGUGGAGGUGAUCGUCUUGGAUGUGAAUGAGAACCUCCACCCUCCUCGCUUUGCCUCCUUUGUGUAUCAGGCCCAGGUGCAGGAGAACAGCCCCCUGGGAACUCAGGUGAUGCAAGUGACAGCCCAUGAUGAUGACAGUGGCUCGGAUGGGGAGCUCCAGUACUUCCUCCGGGCCGGCACUGGCCUUGCAGCCUUCAGUAUAGACCCAGACACAGGAAUGAUUCAGACCCGGGCACCUCUGGACCGAGAAUUCGUAUCCUUCUAUUGGUUGACUGUGCUGGCCAUGGACAAGGGCUCUGUCCCUCUCUCAUCUGUCACUGAAGUCUACAUCGAGAUCAUAGAUGUCAAUGACAACCCACCCCGGAUGUCCAGGCCUGUGUUCUAUCCCUGCAUCCCCGAGGAUGCACCCCCAGGUACUUCUGUGCUGCAGCUGAAGGCCUUCGACCCUGACUCCAGCUCUCAAGGGAAGCUGACCUUCAACGUCACCAGUGGGAACCAUGUGGGCUUCUUCGCAAUUCACCCUUCCACAGGUCUCCUUUCCACGGCCCGGCAGCUGGACCGAGAAAGCAAGGAUGAACAUAUCCUGGAGGUGACAGUGUUGGACAACGGGGAGCCAUCCCUAAGGUCCACCUCCAGGGUGGUGGUGUGCAUCUUGGAUGUCAAUGACAACGCGCCUGUAUUCUCCCACAAGCUCUUCAAUGUCCGCCUUCCAGAGAGGCUGAGCCCAGUGUCCCCUGGGGCUGUGUACAGGCUGGUGGCAUCAGACCCAGACGACGGUCUCAAUGGCAGUGUCACGUACAGUAUUGAGGAGAGUGAUGAGGAGGGCUUCAGUAUCGAUCCAGUCACAGGUGUGGUGUCGGCCAGCAGCACCUUCACAGCUGGGGAGUACAACAUCUUGACGAUCAAAGCAACAGACAGUGGGCAGCCACCGCUCUCGGCCAGCGUCCGGCUACACAUCGAGUGGAUCCCCCAGCCUCGGCCAUCGUCCAUACCACUGGCCUUUGAUGAGACCCACUACAGCUUCACUGUCAUGGAGACCGACCCUGUGAACCACAUGGUGGGGGUCGUCAGUGUCGAGGGCAGGCCCGGCCUCUUCUGGUUCCGCAUCACAGAUGGGGACAAGAACAUGGACUUUGACAUUGAGAAGACCACAGGCAGCAUUGUCAUUGCCAGGCCUCUGGAUACGAGGAUGGGGUCCAGUUAUAACUUGACCGUGGAGGUGACGGACGGGUUCCACACCAUUGCCACCCAGGUCUACAUCUUCACGAUCGCCAACAUUAACCACCACCGGCCUCAGUUUCUGGAGCCUCAUUAUGAGGUCAGAGUCCCCCAGGAUACCCUGCCUGGGGUUGAGCUCCUUCGUGUCCAGGCCACAGAUCAAGACAAGGGCAAAGGCCUCAUCUACACCAUACAGGGCAGCCAGGACCCGGGAAGUGCCAGCCUCUUCCAGCUGGACCCGAGCACUGGUGUCCUGGUGACGGUGGGGAAGUUGGACCUGGGCUCAGGGCCCUCCCAGCACACGCUGACAGUUAUGGUCCGAGACCAAGAGAUACCCAUCAGGAGGAACUUCGCAUGGGUGACCAUUUAUGUGAAGGAUGGAAAUCUGCACUCGCCGCGCUUCACCCAGCUCCAUUAUGAGGCAAGAGUUCCUGACACCAUUGCCCCUGGCACAGAGCUGCUGCAGGUCCAAGCCAUGGAUGAUGAUCGGGGAGCCAAUGCCGAGGUCCGCUACUCCUUCCUGCAAGGGAACAGUGAGGAGUUAUUCAACAUCAACGUCCUGCAAGGCAUCAUCACCGUAGCCCAGAAAUUCAAUCAGGCAAAUCACGCCCGGCACACUUUGAUAGUGAAAGCAGAAGACCAGGGGUCCCCGCGGAGGCAUGACUUGGCUACAGUGGUCGUUCACGUCCACCCCUCAGACAGCAGCACCCCCAUCUUCUCAAACACCGAGUACUUCGUGGAAGUCCCCGAAUCCAUCCCUGUUGGCUCACCCAUCCUCCUUGUGUCUGCCUCCAGCCCCUCUGAAGUUACCUACGAGUUAAGAGAGGGAAACAAGGAUGGCGUGUUCUCUAUGAACUCCUAUUCGGGCCUUGUCUCCACCCAGAAGAACUUAGACCAUGAGAAAAUCUCGUCUUACCAGCUGAAAAUCCGAGGUAGCAACAUGAUGGGUGCAUUUACUGACGUUGUGGUGCUGCUUUACAUCAUUGAUGAAAAUGACAACGCACCCACGUUCUUAAAUUCAACCUUCGUGGGUCAUAUUAGUGAAGCAGCUCCACUGUACAGCAUGGUCGUGGGGGAGGACAACAAUCCUUUUGUGAUCCGCGCCUCUGACAAGGAUAAGGAGGCUAACGCCUUGUUGGUUUAUAAAAUUUUGGAUCCGGAGGCAUCAAGGUUUUUCAAAGUAGAUCCCAGCAUGGGGACCCUAAUCAUUCUAUCCGAGGUAGAUUACGAGAGCAGGCCCCUGUUCCAGUUCAACGUCUAUGUCCAUGACCAAGGGAGCCCCAUCUUAUUCGCACCCCAGCCUGCCAAGGUCAUCAUCCACAUCAGAGACGUGAAUGACUCUCCUCCCAGGUUUGCAGAACAGAUAUACGAAGUAGCAGUCGUGGGCCCCGUUCAUCUUGGGAUGGAGCUCCUCACUGUGCAGGCCAGCGAUGACGAUUCAGAAGUCACGUACAACAUCAAAACUGGCAAUGUGGACGAAGCUGUUGCCAUUCAUCCAGCCACUGGUUGCAUAACUGUGCUGAAUCCUGCCCUUCUGGGAGUCUCUCGGAAGCUCACAAUUCGGGCUUCUGAUGGCCUCUAUCAAGAUACCGCGCUUGUAAAAAUUUCUGUGACCCAAGUCCUUGACAAAAGUUUGCAGUUUGACCAGGAUGUGUAUAGGGCAAGCGUGAAGGAGAACUUGCAAGACAGAAAGGCACUGGUGAUUCUUGGUGUCCAGGGCAAUCAUCUGAAUGACACCCUUUCAUAUACUCUCUUAAAUGGCACAGAUUUGUUUCAUGUGGUCAAGUCUGCAGGCGUGUUGCAAACAAGAGGAGUGGCGUUUGACCGAGAGCAGCAGGACCUUCACGAGGUGGUGGUAGAAGUGAGGGACGAUCGGGCUCCUCCACGGGUGGCUCAAGCAGUGGUCAGGGUCUCUGUCGAGGACAUCAAUGACAACCCCCCUGAGUUUAAGCAUCUGCCCUAUUAUACAAUCAUUCAAGAUGGCACAGAGCCAGGGGAUGUCCUCUUUCAGGUGUCUGCCACUGACAAGGACUUGGGGGGGAAUGGGACAGUCACCUACACAUUCACAGAAGAUUACACAUAUUUCCGAAUCGACCCCUAUGUCGGGGACAUAUCACUCAAGAAACCUUUUGAUUAUCAAGCUUUGAAUAAAUAUUGCCUCAAAGUCAUUGCUCGAGAUGGAGGCACGCCAUCUCUGCAGACUGAGGCAGAAGUACUUGUCACUGUGAGAAAUAAGUCCAACCCACUGUUCCAGAGUCCUUACUACAGAGUCAGAGUCCCUGAGAAUAUCACACUCUACACCCCCAUUCUCCACACGCAGGCCCGGAGCCCAGAGGGACUCAGGCUUAUUUACAACAUCGUGGAGGAAGAGUCUUUGGUGCUCUUCACCACUGACUUCAAGACUGGUGUUCUCACAGUGACAGGACCAUUGGACUAUGAGUCUCAGUCCAAACACGUAUUCACAGUCAGAGCCACAGACACAGCUCUGGGGUCAUUUUCUGAAGCUACGGUGGAAGUCUUGGUGGAGGACAUCAAUGAUAACCCGCCCACUUUUUCCCAGUUGGUGUACACCACGUCAGUCUCAGAAGGCUUGCCUGCCCAGACCCCUGUGAUCCAACUCUUGGCUUCCGAUGAGGACUCGGGCCAGAACUGUGAUGUGUCCUAUGAGAUCGUGGAGGAUGGCUCAGAUGUUUCCAAGUUCUUCCAGAUCAAUGGGAGCACAGGGGAGAUGGUCACACUUCAAGAACUGGAUUACGAAGCCCAGCAACACUUCCAUGUGAAAGUCAGGGCGAUGGACAGAGGAGAUCCUCCGCUCACUGGUGAGACCCUUGUGAUUGUCAAUGUGUCUGAUAUCAAUGACAAUCCCCCUGAGUUCAGGCAACCUCAGUAUGAAGCCAAUGUCAGUGAGCUAGCCACCUGUGGACACCUGGUUCUUAAAGUCCAAGCUCUUGACCCUGACAGCAGAGACACCUCCCGCCUGGAGUACCUGAUUCUUUCUGGCAAUCAGGACCGGCACUUCUCCAUUAACAAAUCAUCAGGAAUCAUUUCUAUGUUCAACCUUUGCAAAAAGCAACUGGGCUCUUCUUACAGUUUGAGGGUGGGUGCUUCAGAUGGGGUCUUCCAAGCAACUGUGCCUGUGUAUAUCAAUACUACCAAUGCCAACAAGUACAGCCCAGAAUUCCAGCAGCACAUUUAUGAGGCAGAGUUGGCAGAGAAUGCAAAGGAGGGAACAAAGGUGAUUGAGUUGCUAGCCAUAGACAAAGACAGUGGUCCCUAUGGCACUGUGGAUUAUACUAUCAUUAACAAACUGGCCGGUGAAAAGUUCUCCAUAAAUCCCAAUGGCCAGAUCACCACUCUGCAAAAACUAGACCGGGAAAAUUCAACAGAAAGAGUCAUUGCUAUUAAGGUCAUGGCUCGGGAUGGAGGAGGAAAAGUGGCCUUCUGUGUUGUAAAGAUCAUCCUCACGGAUGAAAAUGACAAUGCCCCACAGUUCAAAGCAUCUAGGUACACUCUGUCCAUCCCAUCAAAUGUCAGUAAAGACUUCCCGGUGAUCCAGGUGCUAGCUUAUGAUGCUGAUGAAGGUCGGAAUGCAGAUGUCACCUACUCGGUAGACCCAAUGGAGGACUUGGCCGAUGAUCUCAUUGAUGUCAAUGAAAUCACUGGUGUGGUUAAGGUCAAAGAGAGCCUGGUAGGACUAGAAAAUAAGACCCUUAGCUUCAAAGUCAAAGCCCAGGAUGGUGGCCCUCCUCACUGGGAUUCUCAGGUGCCGGUGCAACUUCAGGUUGUGUCUAAUGAAGUGUCCUUGCCCAAAUUCUCUGAACCUCUGUAUACAUUCCCAGCAUCUGAAGACCUUCCAGUGGGGUCUGAAAUUGGUGCUGUUAAAGCCAUGGCAGCUCAAGACCCGGUCAUCUACAGCCUAGUGCAGGGCACCACCCCAGAGAGCAACAAGGAUGGAGUCUUCUCCUUGGACCAAGACACAGGAGUCCUAAAAGUGAGGAAGGCUUUGGACCACGAGUCCACCAAAUGGUACCAGAUUGACCUGAUGGCACAUUGUCCGCAUGAGGAUACAGAGCUGGUGGCCUUGGUCUCUGUGCACAUCCAAGUGGAAGAUGUCAAUGAUAAUAGGCCAGUGUUCGAGGCUGAUCCAUAUAAAGCUUUCCUCACUGAGAAUAUGCCGGGGGGGACUACAGUCAUUCAAGUGACUGCCAAUGACCAGGACACUGGGGCCGAUGGCCGCGUGAGCUACCGGCUGUCGGCGGAGCCGGGGAGCGAAGUCUAUGAGCUCUUUGCCAUUGACGGUGAGAGUGGCUGGAUCACUACUCUCAAGGAGCUUGACUGUGAGACCCAUCAGACCUAUCGCUUCCACGUGGUGGCCUACGACCAUGGACAGACCAUCCAGCUGUCUUCGCAGGCCCUGGUAGAGGUCUCCAUUACAGAUGAAAAUGACAAUGCUCCUCGAUUCGCUUCUGAAGACUACAGAGGGUCUGUGGUUGAGAACAGUGAGCCCGGUGAGCUUGUUGCCACUCUGAAGACCCUGGAUGCCGACAUCUCUGAGCAGAACAGACAGGUCACCUGCUAUAUCACAGAGGGAGACCCCCUGGGUCAGUUCGCCAUCAACCAAGUUGGGGGUGAAUGGAGGAUCUCCACAAGGAAGACCUUGGACCGAGAGCACACAGCCAAGUAUUCGCUCAGCAUUACGGCAUCAGAUGGCAAAUUCCAGACUUCGGUCCCCGUAGAGGUCUUUGUCCUGGAUGUCAAUGAUAACAGCCCCCAGUGCCCACAGCUUCUCUACACCGGCAGAGUCCGUGAAGAUGUGUCCCCAGGACACUUCAUUCUGACAGUUUUGGCCACAGACUUGGACACCGAUACCAACGCUCAGAUCACAUAUUCUCUGCACGGCCCUGGUGCUCAUGAGUUCAAGCUGGAUCCUCACACAGGAGAGCUGAGCACAUUCGCAGCCCUGGACCGCGAAAGGAUGGACAUGUACAGCCUGGUUGCUAAGGCGACUGAUGGAGGUGGCCGAUCAUGCCAGGCUGAGGUGACCCUUCAUGUGGACGAUGUCAACGACAACGCCCCACGGUUCUUCCCCAGCCACUGUGCUGUGGCUGUCUUUGACAACACCACAGUGAAGACCCCGGUGGCGGUGGUAUUUGCCCGGGACCCUGACCAAGGCGCCAACGCCCAGGUGGUUUACUCUCUGACGGAUUCUGCCGAAGGCCAGUUUUCCAUCGACGCCGCCACCGGGGUGAUCCGGCUGGAGAAGCCGCUGCCUGCGAAGCCCCAGGCGGUGCUGGAGCUCACGGUCCGCGCCUCCGACCUGGGCGUCCCCAUGCCGCUGUCGGCGCUGGGCACCGUGUCGGUGUCCGUGGUGGGCCUCGAGGACUACCUGCCCGUGUUCCUCCACGCCGAGCACAGCCUGCAGGUGCGCGAGGACGCGCCGCCCGGGGCUCAGGUGCUGGCGCUGGCCGCGCUCACCCGGCCCGGGGCCGAGAAGACCGGCUACCGCGUGGUCAGCGGGAACGAGCAGGGCCGCUUCCGCCUGGACGCCCGCACAGGGAUCCUAUAUGUCAACAGGAGCCUGGAUUUUGAGACAAGCCCCAAGUACUUCCUGUCCAUUGAGUGCAGCCGGAAGGCCUCUUCCUCCCUCAGUGACGUGACCACUAUUGUGGUCAAUAUCACAGAUGUCAACGAGCACCGCCCCCGGUUCCCCAAGGAUCUAUACGGCGUCAGGGUCUCAGAGAAUGCCAUUGUGGGAGACGUCAUCCUCACAGUGUCAGCGGCCGACGAGGAUGGACCCCUGAACAGCGCUAUUACCUACAGCCUUGUAGGAGGGAAUCAACUGGGGCACUUCAUCGUCCACCCCCAAAAGGGGGAGCUGCAGGUGGCCAAGGCCCUGGACUGGGAACAGACAUCUAGCUAUGCCCUGAAGCUGCGCGCCACAGACAGCGGGCAGCCUCCACUGCAUGCGGAUGUAGACGUUGACGUCCAAGUGGUUGAUAUCAAUGACAACCCACCUAGAUUCUUCCAGCUCAACUACAGCACUGCUGUCCAGGAAAACUCCCCCAUUGGCAGCAAAGUCCUGCAACUGAUCCUGAGUGACCCGGACUCCCCGGAGAAUGGGCCCCCCUACUCAUUCAGAAUCACUAAGGGCAACGCUGGCUCCGCCUUCCGAGUGACUCCAGAAGGGUGGCUGGUGACCACUGCAGGCCUAAGCAGGGGGGCUCAGGAGCUGUACCAGCUGCAGAUCGAGGUAUCAGACAGUGGCAUCCCUCCCCUCUCAUCUUCAACGUGGGUCAGCGUCCACGUCAUGGAGCAGAGCCACUAUCCGCCUUCCGCCCUCCCUCUGGAGAUCUUUAUCACCAUCGGCGAGGAGGAGUUCCAGGGUGGCAUGGUGGGUAAAAUCCACGCCACAGACCGAGACCCCCAGGACACUCUGACCUACAGCCUGGCAGCAGAGGGGCCCCUGGGCAGGAGCUUCUCCGUGGGUGCGGCUGAUGGCAAGAUUAUCGCCACCCAGGGGCUGCCUCGUGGCCGCUAUUUGUUCAAUGUCACCGUCAGCGAUGGGACCUCCUCCACCACUGCCGGGGUCCACGUGCACGUGUGGCAUGUAGGGCAGGAGGCCCUGCGGCAGGCCCUGUGGAUGGGCUUCCACCAGCUCACGCCCGAGGAGCUGGUGAGCGACCACUGGCGGAACCUGCAGCGGUUCCUCAGCAACAAGCUGGACAUCAGGCGAGCCAACAUCCACUUGGCCAGCCUUCAGCCUGCCGAGGGUACAGCUGGUGUGGACAUGCUCUUGGUCUUCGAGGGGCAUUCCGGAGCCUUCCAUAACCUCCAGGAGCUGGCAUCUAUCGUCACACACUCAGCCAAGGAGAUGGAGCACUCAGUGGGAAUUCAGAUGAGAUCAGCCAUGCCUGUGGUGCCCUGCCAGGAGCCAAGCUGCCGGGCUCAGCCCUGCCAAGAGGCAGUGCACCUGGACCCCAGGGUUGGGCCUACGUACAGCACCGCCAGGCUCAGCAUCCUCACGCCACGGCACCGCCUGGAGAGGACCUGCUCCUGCAACGGGACUGCCACGAGGUUCAGUGGUCAGAGCUACGUGCAGUACAGACCCGCAGGGGUGCAGAACUGGCACAUCCGUUUCUCUCUGAAAACGCGUCAGCCGCAUGCUGUCCUUCUCUUCACCAACGAGACCGCCCCCAUUUCCCUGAAGCUGACCCAUGGAGCGCCCCAGCUGGAAUACCGCUGUCCAGGUGGUUUCUAUGGAAACCUUUCCUCGCAGCAUCCCGUGAAUGACCACAAGUGGCACUCCAUCCUGGUGGAGGAGACAGACACUUCCCUUCACCUGUCAGUUGACAGCACAAGCAAUGUCUCCCUUACUGUCCCAGACAAGUGCCACGCUCUGAGGCCUAAAAGACACCUUGUGCUGGGUGGCCUUGUCCUCUCGCAUUCCUCCUCGGGUGUUUCCCAGGGCUUUGAGGGCUGCCUGGACGCUGUGGUGGUCAACAGAGAGCGGCUGGGGCUGCUGGUCCAUGGCAAAAAGACAGCAGGCUUCCUGGAGCGACGGGCCCUCAGCCAGUGCUGUCCGCACGGUGGCGCCUGCAGCCGGAACCCGUGCCUCAACGGCGGGAAGUGCUCCCACAACCACGGGGCAGGCUAUGUCUGCGAGUGUCCCCUGCCGUUCUCUGGGAAGCACUGUGAAGAACACCGAGGAGCCAGGAACUGUACUUCCACACCCUGCCAGGAAGGGAGCACUUGCAUCUCCUCUGAGGGAGCUUCCUGUACCUGCCCACACCCCUUCACAGGGGACAGGUGUGAAAUGGAGGCAAUUGGUUGCUCGGAAGGACACUGUCUAGUCACUCCCGAGAUCAAAAGGGGAGACUGGGGGCAGCAGGAGCUCCUGAUCAUCAUAGUGGCCACCACGUUCAUCCUUGUGAUGACCGUUGGACUUCUCUUCUACUGCCGCCGCUGCAAGUCUCACAAGCCUGUGGCCAUGGAGGACCCCGAUCUCCUGGCCAGGAGUGUUGGUGUUGACACCCAAGCCAUGCCUGCCAUUGAGCUGGACCCCCUGAGUGCCAACUCCUGCAACAACCUGCACCAGCCAGAGCCCAGCAAGACGUCGGUGCUGAACGAACUCGUCACUUUCGCACCCAGCUCGAAGCAGCGGCCAGUGGUCUGCAGCGUGCCUCCCAGACUCCCGCCAGCGGCAGCCGCUUCCCACUCUGACCAUGAGGCCGUCAUCAAGAGAACCUGGUCCACUGAGGAAAUGGUGUACCCCAGUGGCGCUGCUGUCUGGCCCCCGUCGUACUCCAGGAAGGAGCCCUGGGAAUACCCCCUCUCCGAAGUGACCCAGGGGCCUCUGCCGCCUUCACCCCCUGGUCACCCAGCCCCAGCAGGGCUGCUGGAGCCCCCUGGCCUCUACGGGGGCUUCCCCUUUCCCCUGGAGCUGGAAAACAAGCGGGCACCCCUUCCACCCCGCUACAGCAACCAGCACCUAGAGGAUCUGGUGCCUCCGCGGCGCCCUAGUCCCCGGGAGCGCCUGCUUGCCCCCCGCCUCAACCAGUACACGGCCGGCAGCUACUACCACUCCCAGCGCCGCCAGGGGGGGCCCGAGCCCUGCCUGGCCGAGGGGGGCUACGAAGGGCUGAGCGUGCGCCUCAGCAGGGCGGGGCCCUCCUAUGCCGACUGCGAGGGCGACGGGGGGCCUCCUGCGGGCAGGGCCCAAUCCCGAGCGCCGCCCAACUACGAGGGCUCUGACACGGUGGAGAGUGACUACGGCAGCUGUGAGGAGGUCAUGUUCUAGCUGCCUGCUCUCAAGCGAAGACAGGCACCAGGCCACGGCCUUGGGGCCUCCUUCCUGUAGUGAGGAAAGGGGCCAGUGUGUCUAGGAGAGGGAGGGAAGCCCCUGGACCUAGGCCAGGCUGGGCCGCUUGAAAUGUGCUCUUCCCAUCCCCCAGCUGGACCUUGAGGUGGAGGGAAGCUGAGGGCAGAGCCCCCAAAGCAGCACUAGGGCCCCAGGAAAAAAGGAUGCACAGGGCAGUUACCUUGGGGUGGACCAGAGCCAGGCUGACACACGGACAUGCCCCGGGAAGGCAGAUAGGACUAAGGAUCAGCCCCUGCGGUUGCCCAGAGUGCCCUGCAGAGGCUGGCAGGUUUAUGCCCAGGAGGAAGGCACUGAGCCUGUCAGGGGCACGUUCACCUGGCCUGGAGAGGAGUCCUCCUAGGAGCUGAGAGGCGAG